AUGAAUACAGUAUUUAAAAGCUGGAUUUUUCUCAUAAUUUUGGUUGAUUCAGGAGAAACCUCGGCAGAAGAUAAGCCUUGUGAUUUGCCACUCAUAGAAAAUGGGAAGAUAGCCCAGUAUUAUUAUAGUUUUAAAAGUUAUUAUUUUCCAAUGAGUAAAGAGAAAAAGCUUUCCUAUACCUGCACGGCUGGCUAUACAACUGAGUCUGGGAGUCAAGAUGCAAGGAUAACAUGCACAGCAACAGGAUGGUUACCAGCACCAAAGUGUUAUAAAAAAUGUAGCAAACCUCUCUUGGAAAAUGGCAUCUUCUCUGAUAUAAAAGUGUCCUAUAAAAUAUGGGAACAAUUGUUGUACAGAUGUGCUUCCGGCUAUCAAACUCCAGGAGGUAAUGCUGAUGAAACAGUGCAAUGUCUUCCAGAAGGAUGGUCUUCUCACCCAAGCUGUGCUAAAAAGUUUGAGAGAUGCUUUGUACCAGACUUGCAUCACGGCCACUACUCCACAACCCAGCGGAUUCUCAAACUGAAUGAAACACUGAUGUAUGAAUGUGAUGAGGGAUACCACACCCGAGGAGGAAACACUAUUGAAAAGGCAGUCUGUCGCACAUAUGGAUGGUCCCUUACUCCAAACUGCACUAAAGUAACAUGCUUCUUGUUAAGUGAGAUAGAUCAUGGGAAUUUCUAUCCCAAGAAGAAAAGCUAUGAGGAAGGAGAUGUGGUUCAGUUUUUGUGUCAGAAAAAUUACUCUUUGAAUGGAUCUGAUUUAAUUCAGUGUUAUGACUUUGGAUGGUAUCCAGAGCCUCCAAUAUGUGAAGAUAGAAGAAAUAAAUGCCCUCCUCCACCUCAGCCUCCCAAUGCCAAUAUAUUCACAGAUUUAAGAACAUAUCAUAAUGGAGCCAAAGUACGUUUGGCAUGUCAGCUUAAUUUUACAAUGAAAGGAUCAGAAGAAAUCCAGUGUGAGAAUGGAAAAUGGACUUCACCUCCAAGUUGCAUUGAAACAUGGGAAACUUGCCCCUCUCCACCUGCAAUUAAAAAUGGUGCUAGUUUUAGACCAUUAUUGACAAACUACACAGCAGGUUCCUCAAUAAAAUACAGAUGCCAUCGGUACCACGUAUUGGAGGGUCCUGAAACUGUUCAUUGUGUACAAGGAAAGUGGACAGCUCAGCCAACUUGUUUAGAACCUUGCACUCUUAAUAUGGAUGAUAUGAGCAAUAACAACAUAGAGAUGAAAUGGAGACUGGAAGGAGAGUUAUUUUUCCUGCAUGGUGACACGAUAGAUUUUGUGUGUAAACAGGGAUACUAUUUGUCAUCCUCCAGCAGGCAGUCUCAGCUAAAAGUACAGUGUACCCGUGGAAAACUCAGAUAUCCAACAUGCAUUAUGAAAGAUCCCAAAGAAAAAUGUGGUUCCCCCCCUGUUGUUAAGAAUGGAGAUGUUAUUGGCCCACGACUGACAGAAUAUGAGAGUGAUUCUUCAGUUGAAUAUACUUGUUUUGAACAUCAUUUUUUGCAAGGGUCCAAUAGAAUCUAUUGUUCCAACAGACAAUGGACUACCCCACCAGAUUGCAUAGAACCAUGCACUUUAUCGAAGGAGAUAAUGGACAAAAAUAACUUAAUACUGAGAUGGAGUUUUGAUGACAAAUCUUAUUUUUUCCAUGGGGACUACAUUGAAUUUCUAUGUGGCCGAUGUCAGUGA